CAACUGUGACCAUGACUGAAAAACCAGAACAUCCCGCCAUUGAGGCAGUGAAAAACGCCCUAAAAGAAAGAACCUUCAGUCAAGGACAAGUCCGAGUGUCUUCUAAUGAACUGUUGCUGUUUUAUUCCAAACGACAGGAAGAAAAGGCAGGAGCAGCGCACUUUCUGAAUCUUGGUGAUGCUUCCGAGGCAUCGCUUCGCGACCUCUGCGAUGCUUGUGAUGCCGCGGGAUUCGGCUUGGGUACCCAAAAUACGUUCGACGAAACGUAUCGCAAGUCCAAAAAGCUCGACACUACCCAAUUUUCUAGUAAUUUCGACCUUCGGGCUACGAAUAUCCUCGACCAGGUGCAGGCUGACCUAGUUGAAGGCCAAGACGAAAUUCAAAAGGUCUUACGCUCCGAGUUGUACAAGUUGAAUGUUUAUGGAAAAGGAGACUUUUUCAAGGCCCACAAGGAUACUCCUCGUGCUGAAAAUAUGAUGGGGUCUCUUGUCAUUGUAUUCCCCACUCCCCACGAAGGAGGGUCGCUCGUCCUUCGCCAAGAUGGCCAGGAAUGGGUGUUCAGCGCAGAGCGGAUGCUUGCUGAAAGUACUCCUGAGACACCCGUUAUCUCCUACAUUGCAUUCUAUAGCGAUGUCGAGCAUGAAGUUCUCCCACUCACAUCGGGCGUCCGAGUGACUUUGACUUAUAAUCUCUACCUCGAGGACAAACUUCCGGCUCCUGAAAGCUUACUCUCGAUUACCGAAAAUCCUGUCACUGACCAUGUCAAAGACGCCCUUCAAAAUCUUCUGGCAGCUUCGGAUUUCCUUCCCGAAGGAGGCAUGUUAGGAUUUGGUCUCCGUCAUCAGUAUCCUUUCGCCACGUCGACAAGCUCCAAAGGGAAUGUCGAUGAAAUUUAUGGAAACCCCAACCUUGAUCAUCCGAGGAAUUGGGGUUCUCGUGACUCUCAAAAGAGGGCGAAAGAGCAGCUCAGUCAGAUAGUCGAUUUCCUGAAAGGUAGUGACGCCAGCAUUUUUCGUGCUUGCCAAGGCCUGUCCUUGGAACCUACUCCGCACAUCAUCUACCGUCCUCGAGGCUAUGGCGCCGUGUACAUGUUGGAUCAUGUCAUUCAAAAUUUGGACGCACAAGGGGAAUUGGAGCUCGAUUACCUUGAUACAGAGUUGCAGAGGCUCGGCACAUUGAUAUCGACCACUGAGCGUUGGGCCAGGCCACCGCGCACUCAUGAGGGGAGCGAGGCACUGCCUGAGAUCGUUUGGGUCACCCCACUUACGACGUUUAACCGUAUGGAUUCAAAUUAUAUUCGGUAUGGGAACGAGGCUUCUAUGGGCUACCUAUACGGCGAUAUUUGCCUCAUCGUCAAAGUCGGAAAACCCGGAAACCGAGCGACUUGAUGCCUUCGAACAUUGGAGAGUCCCCACAACGUUGUUGUUUACUUAGUUACAUCGUAAUUUUGCCCUUUUACUUCAAGUUCCCACAUUCCCAAAAUAUUUCAGGGUUGGCUGGACGAAUUUAUCCUUUUACUCGUUUUUAC